GUGGAGGACGCGUACUUCGCAUUGGAGAGCGACCCGGAGGACGAGAACUUCAAGCACCAGUGGGUCAUCGAACAGAGAUGUACUCCCGUACUCCCCGUGCUGCGACAGUCCCCGAUGCCGAACCAGACCACGUCGACGAAGCGACGGAGUAAUAUUCUGUCUGCGUAUUUCGGACCGUGGACAAUGAUUCGGCGCCUCGGAUCGGUGCGGUCGACGCCUUUCAUCGGCAAGCUAAACAUCGGGCCUGAGGGGCGCCGAAAGAAGCGGGGGAAAGUCGCCCCGGCGGGCGUCCGCGCCGCGUGGAAGCGCCACGUUCGAGGGAGCCUUCCGUCUGUGAGCAGCCUGGAGCUGAUUCAGAACGCGCUGCGCACAGUGACCACAAUGCCCGACGUGGACGACGAG